ACAGGGACUGAUAGAGCCCGGCGUCUGACUGGCUGGGGAGACACGUGUUCUAGCUCAUGACUCUCCUGUCCUUCCAUCUCUUGGAAACCGGCAGAGGUUGUAUUGGAAGUGAUGUAGGGUGAGAUGAAGAACUAAUGUUUACCAAGUGUGUUCGCUGUGACGGGUCCUGUUAGAGUCUUGGCUCACAGCCAUUAUUAGCCCCAUUGUACAGACGAAGAGACUGACUCAGGCAAGAUAAGUGAACGUGCCCAAGGUCAUGUGGUUAGUAACUAACCAUGCUGAAGGUCGAAACCUGGUCUCAUCCCCAGGUUCUACUUCUAAGGAAGUAUUUUGAAGAGCUGGCUUUCUUGGACAACUUUUUCCAGAUGCCAGCCGGACCAAAAGCUUUGGCUUCCGUAUCUUGUGUGUAUUGGAGAGGGCAGAGGGCUGAUGAAGGUGUGAAGGGGUUGAUGGGCAUGUUGCUUGGAGAUAACUUGGGGCAGAACUGAGAGAACUUGGCUCAGGAUGAGCCUGGAGCAGGUGUUUCCGGGUGUGAAGAAGGAUCCCCAGCCUGGCUUCUGCACCAUGGACUCCGGGGCAUAUGUCUAGGAGCUCUGGCAGUGUACUUGGGUCAGUGUUUCCAACCCUCCAGCUCCUGCUGAAGAGAAGAGAAAGAGGAGGCUGUCUGCUCCUGCAAAGAUUUACAGCCUCAAAUGCCCUUUAGAGGGUCGCUGUAAGUCAGAAUUGACUCCAGGCAGUGGGCGGGCUAUAUACUUGGAGUACAGCUCUAGAGCAUCUGCUCCUGUGGCCACCUGGGGUCAGCGCUCUCACCUGCAGAGUACAAAUGCCAAGGCUGCCAACUCAGCAGAUUUAAGUAUGGCUGUGUGUGUAUGGUGUGUGGGUGUGUGUGGGGAGAGGGAAGUCAAGGUGCCCUCAAGGUACCCUGUGAGACGAGUAGCUCAGCCUAGGCAUUUGUGCAUCAUAAUCCACUUAUCCUCACAUACUUCUCACCUGGGCCUCCGCUAGGAGACUCUGUAAGGGUAUUGUCAGCAGCCUGUCUUCCCCAGGAAGCCUGCGGUCUGAGGCCGACUUGGUACUUGUGAUUUCUGUAACCUGGGCCAGCCACGUAAAACCACCAAGACCCUUCAGGCUGGUUUUCUGUCAUGCUUAGAUGAGCAUCAGAGUUUGGGGCGAGGAUCGGCUGGAAUUGGGCAUGUGGAAGAACCUUGAAAAGUUUGUAGCCAGGAGCAAGUGUAGGGGAGUACUGCCCAUCACCUAUCCAUCUACGCAGCCGACGUGUACUUAGAUCUUGCUUGCUAGGUGUUUCAAGGAGGCCCUGGAUGAUGUGAAGGAUUAAGCUCUUGACUUCUAAACCAAAGCAGCAUGUCGUGGUUCAGUGGCCUCCUGGUCCCCAAAGUGGAUGAACGGAAAACCGCCUGGGGUGAACGCAACGGGCAAAAGCGUGCACGCCGUGGGAUGCGCCCCAGUGGCUUCUGCACACCCCGCUACAUGAGCUGCCUCCGGGACGCCGCCGAGCCGCCGAGCCCCACGCCCGCAGCCUCCCCUCGGUGCCCCUGGCAGGAUGAAGGCUUCAUCCGCAGGGGGUGCCCAGGCAAGGGCACAGAACUGGGGCUGCGCGCCGUGGCCCUGGGCUUCGAGGACAUGGAGGCAGUGGCAGCGGCGGCCGAGGCCGUGCCCGAGCUGGUGCCGGGAAGCGCGCGGUCCUGCUGGCGCCGCCUGGCGCAGGUGUUCCAGUCGAAGCAGUUCCGUUCCGCCAAGCUGGAGCGCCUGUAUCAGCGGUACUUCUUCCAGAUGAACCAGAGCAGCCUGACGCUGCUCAUGGCCGUGCUGGUGCUGCUCAUGGCCGUGCUGCUGGCCUUCCACGCCGCGCCUGCCGGCCCACGGCCGGCCUACGUGGCCCUGCUGGCUUGCGCUGCCACCCUCUUCGUGGCGCUCAUGGUGGUUUGCAACCGACAGAGUUUCCGCCAGGACUCAAUGUGGGUGGUGAGCUACGUGGUGCUGGGCAUCCUGGCCGCCGUGCAGGUUGGAGGGGCCCUGGCAGCCACCCCUCACAGCCCCUCGGUUGGCCUCUGGUGCCCUGUGUUCUUUGUCUACAUCACGUACACGCUCCUCCCCAUCCGCAUGCGUGCAGCCGUCUUCAGCGGCCUGGGCCUCUCCACCCUGCACUUGAUCUUGGCCUGGCAGCUCAACCGUGGAGAUGCCUUCCUCUGGAAGCAGCUCGGUGCCAAUGUGCUGCUGUUCCUGUGCACCAAUGUCGUGGGCAUCUGCACACACUACCCGGCCGAGGUGUCUCAGCGCCAGGCCUUCCAGGAGACCCGUGGCUACAUCCAGGCCCGCCUGCACCUGCAGCACGAGAAUCGGCAGCAGGAGCGGCUGCUGCUGUCCGUAUUGCCCCAGCACGUUGCCAUGGAGAUGAAAGAGGACAUCAACACAAAAAAGGAAGACAUGAUGUUCCACAAGAUCUACAUCCAGAAGCAUGACAAUGUCAGCAUCCUGUUUGCCGACAUCGAAGGCUUCACCAGUCUGGCCUCCCAGUGCACUGCACAGGAGCUGGUCAUGACCCUGAACGAGCUUUUUGCACGCUUCGACAAGCUUGCAGCGGAAAACCACUGCCUGAGGAUCAAGAUCUUGGGAGACUGCUACUACUGCGUGUCAGGGCUGCCAGAGGCCCGGGCUGACCAUGCCCACUGCUGCGUGGAGAUGGGGGUGGACAUGAUCGAGGCCAUCUCGCUGGUGCGGGAAGUGACCGGCGUGAAUGUGAACAUGCGUGUCGGCAUCCACAGUGGGCGUGUGCACUGCGGGGUCCUGGGCCUGCGGAAAUGGCAGUUCGAUGUGUGGUCCAAUGAUGUGACUCUGGCCAACCACAUGGAGGCAGGGGGCCGGGCUGGCCGCAUCCACAUCACCCGGGCCACACUGCAGUACCUGAAUGGGGACUAUGAGGUGGAGCUGGGCCGAGGCGGGGAGCGCAACGCAUACCUCAAGGAGCAGCACAUUGAGACCUUCCUCAUCCUGGGCGCCAGCCAAAAGCGGAAAGAGGAGAAGGCCAUGCUGGCCAAGCUGCAGCGGACAAGGGCCAACUCCAUGGAGGGGCUGAUCCCACGUUGGGUGCCCGACCGCCUUUCCCGCACCAAGGACUCCAAGGCUUUCCGGCAGAUGGGUAUUGAUGAUUCCAGCAAAGACAACCGGGGCGCCCAGGAUGCCCUGAACCCCGAGGAUGAGGUGGACGAGUUCCUGGGCCGGGCCAUUGACGCGCGCAGCAUUGACCAACUCCGCAAGGACCACGUGCGCCGCUUCCUGCUCACUUUCCAGAGAGAGGACCUGGAGAAGAAGUACUCAAGAAAGGUGGACCCUCGCUUCGGAGCCUACGUGGCCUGUGCCCUGCUGGUCUUCUGCUUCAUUUGCUUCAUCCAGCUCCUCGUCUUCCCACGUUCCCGCCUGAUGCUCGGCGUCUCUGCGGGUACCUUUGUGCUGCUGCUAGUCACCGUGCUGAUCUGUGCUGUGUACUCCUGUGGCUCGCUGUUCCCUAAGGCCCUGCAACGUCUGUCCCGCAGCAUCGUCCGCUCGCGGGCACACAGCACGGCUGUCGGCAUCUUCUCCGUCCUGCUCGUCUUCACCUCUGCCAUCGCCAACAUGUUCACAUGUAACCACACCCCCAUCCGGACCUGCGCAGCCCAGAUGUUAAACUUAACUCCUGCCGAUAUCACCGCCUGCCACCUGCAGCAGCUCAAUUACUCCCUGGGCCUGGAUGCUCCCCUGUGUGAGGGCACCGCACCCACCUGCAGCUUCCCUGAGUACUUCCUGGGCAACAUGCUACUGAGCCUGCUGGCCAGCUCUGUCUUCCUACACAUCAGCAGCAUCGGGAAGUUGGCCAUGACCCUUGUCCUGGGGUUCAUUUAUUUGGUGCUGCUUCUGCUGGGUCCUCCGGCCACCGUCUUUGACAACUAUGAUCUGCUGCUUGGCGUCCACGGCUUGGCUUCCUCCAAUGGGACCUUCGAUGGGCUGGACUGCCCGGCUCCGGGGAGGGUGGCCCUCAAGUAUAUGACCCCGGUGAUCCUGCUGGUGUUUGCCCUGGCGCUGUAUCUGCAUGCCCAGCAGGUGGAGUCCACUGCCCGCCUGGAUUUCCUCUGGAAGCUGCAGGCAACCGGGGAGAAGGAGGAGAUGGAGGAACUCCAGGCCUACAACCGGCGGCUGCUGCACAACAUCCUGCCCAAGGACGUGGCCGCCCACUUCCUGGCCCGCGAGCGCCGGAAUGAUGAGCUCUACUACCAGUCGUGCGAGUGCGUGGCCGUGAUGUUCGCCUCCAUCGCCAACUUCUCCGAGUUCUACGUGGAGCUCGAGGCCAACAACGAGGGCGUCGAGUGCCUGCGGCUGCUCAACGAGAUCAUCGCCGACUUCGACGAGAUCAUCAGCGAGGAGCGGUUCCGGCAGCUGGAGAAGAUCAAGACCAUUGGCAGCACCUACAUGGCAGCUUCCGGGCUGAACGCCAGCACCUACGACCAGGUGGGCCGCUCCCACGUCACGGCCCUGGCCGACUACGCCAUGCGCCUGAUGGCGCAGAUGGAGCACAUCAACGAGCACUCCUUCAACAACUUCCAGAUGAAGAUUGGGCUGAACAUGGGCCCAGUCGUGGCCGGCGUCAUUGGUGCUCGGAAGCCACAGUAUGACAUCUGGGGGAACACGGUCAAUGUCUCUAGCCGUAUGGACAGCACGGGGGUCCCUGAUCGAAUCCAGGUGACCACGGACCUGUACCAGGUUUUAGCCUCCAAGGGCUAUCAGCUGGAGUGCCGAGGGGUGGUCAAGGUGAAGGGCAAAGGGGAGAUGACCACCUACUUCCUCAAUGGGGGCCCAAGCAGUUAGCAGGGCCCGGCUGCAGACUCGGCAGAAGGGACCAAGGUGGGCAUUGAGCAGGCUCUGUGCUUACUGGUGGAACCGCAGCAGGCAGGCUCCCCGCCAGCCACACAGGGGAAAGGCCAGCCAGCUGUGCUCGACCCAUGCUCCUCUGCCUCAGCCUGGAGAAUGAGGGACUAACUACCCAGAGGAUUAUGCAAGUGACUCUUUCUUUCUACUGGGCCACGGCUGUUCCGCUUCUCUCUCGCAGCUUUUGGGAGCAGAGGAGCAGGCGGCAGUGGAGGCAGGGGAAGCCCCUUCCUCUCUGAGAGACUGAUUACAAUGGCAGCUCACCAGGCCUGACCCUGCCUUGUCUGUCUGGGUGGCAGGCUCAGGGCUGGGCCCUCUCUCUCCCUCUUUUUUCUGGGAAUAUUUUGUAUACAGACUGGGGCAGGCAUGAGGAGUGCCUAUUCCACGCUUGCCUUUGCUAUGCCUGUAUCCCCAGCUGGGUCUCCUCUUUCCUGGGCAGAGGAGGGGGACGCCCUGGGGACCCUGCUCUGCCCGUUAUUUCAGAGGAAUGUUUCCAUUUGCCAAAACCCAGGUCAACAAUCUGUCUCCAAAGGGGAACAAAGGGACUUGCGGCCACUACAUGGCUGCUCUCGGUAAAGGGGAGUCUGGCUUCAUUGGUAACUGUGAAAAUGCCUGAGCGGAGAGCCAGGGCAUGUGUGGGGAUGGCAGAAGAUCAGGAGCUGGAAGCUCACCUGCAGGUGCCAAAGAGAGCAGGCGGGCCAGCGAGAGAGGUAGUGCCAGCCCUGACGGGCCUGGCAUGGGCAGGGUCAAGGCACUCUGCCCCAGCUCUCUUGCCGUCUGCCGACAAGGGGGCACAGAGCAUCUCUGCCCUCUUCCAUUGCCAAAUAGGCGGGUCAGGGCAUGAAGGAAGAUGUCCCCUGGCCCCAAACCUACCCUCCCUGGUUUGGCUCUAGGGAGGGCAUGAGUGUGUGCGUGUGUGUGCGUGCGCUUGUGGGCAUGCAUGGAUCUGUGGGUACAUAUUGUCACCAUGCUUUCCUGGUCAGUGUGUGUCCUUGUGCUCCUGCUCCUCAGCCAUGCACCCAGUUGCCUUUCUCCUGCCGGCCUGACUUCUGGGAGAGUAAGGCCAGGCCCCCUGUGACCAGGGGUGGGGAGAGGUGCCCAGGUGUGGGAUGGGGUGUGGUAGCAAAAGGAAGGGUGGCCCCAGGGAGAAGAGUCCUUUCUGUGCCAAAUCCCUAAGUGCCCUUUGAGGGCCAAGUGUGCAGCAUGGCAGUCUCCCUGGCUGGGGCAGGGACCCAAGAACCUGCUUCAGUCCCAGUGCCUUGUGCACUGGAACUGCCUGGGGUUCAGUGGGCUAAGGCUCAGGACUUCCUGGGUCCCCCACCUUGUGUCUCGGGACAUGGUAAACCUUGGGGAUAGGGGAGCAGGGGAUCCCUCUGAGGACCCCGAUCUCGGUACUAGGGGUUGGGGGCAGGGGAACCUUGACCUUUGCCUUCUCCUUCACCAGCCUUCAGCCUGAUUCUAGCGUGUCCCCAGCUCCCCAGAUGAAGCCUGCAAGGGCUGGUGGAAGGGUUAGGAGGGUGGAUUCUAGAUUCUCUUCUAUCUUUGCUUUUCUUCUUUUCUUUUACCCCUUUCCUCCUCCCAGUCUCCUUGGGUAGGACACGAAUUAAGCUGGUGCCUUGGAUUCUCUGUGCCUGUUUAAGCCAGAGGCGUCAGCCUAGGUUUUGCUUGGAGAUCCCUUUGUCUUGGAGGUGACUAGAGAGAGUCCCCAGAGGACAGAGGGUCCCCAGAAUUGCUAGGUGUGGGGGAUGGAAGGGUCUGGUGGCUCUCUGGCCCUAGCUCACGGCGCCUUCUGACCCUAGUCCCCUGCAGGGGGCUGGUUUCUGACUAGGUACUGCCUGCCUUGAGGCAGGAGGGGUCUUCCUGCAUUACUCAAUGGGGCACCAGACACUUCAUUUGUCCAGGCAGAAGGAGAGGGAACUAGUUGGUCCAAACAGAAAGCCCCCUGCUCUCUGGCUAGGAGGGGACUUCGGGGCACCCCUUGGCUUUGGGGGACUUAUCUUUGCUUCUCGCCAGGUGAGAGGGGCUUGUCCACACCUGGCUCCCUGUACCACAGUGCCAGCCAUGCCCUUCUCCUGGGCUACCAUGGCCCUCUUCCUCACCACUAGGUGGGAGGCUGGGGGGGGGG